GGCCUGAAUAACUAUUAUAUAUAUAAAGUCCCCAAAGGUCACACGCACGCAGCCACCUUCGAUCUGCAUACCCAAUCCAUCCAUAUCCAAUUUACCAGAGAGAGAAGCUUCAGCUAUGGAGGAAAGAUCAGUAGCAGUGAAUAGGCAGAAGAGGGGGAAGAAAAGCAACAUGGGGCGUUCAAGGAAAGGGUGCAUGCGAGGGAAGGGAGGCCCGCAGAACGCGCUCUGCCCCUUCAGAGGCGUUCGGCAGAGGACGUGGGGGAAAUGGGUGGCCGAGAUCCGCGAGGCCAACCGCGGCGCCAGGCUGUGGCUCGGCACCUUCAACACCUCCGUGGAGGCCGCCUUGGCCUACGACCAAGCCGCGCUCAAGAUUUUCGGCUCAGACGCCAUCCUCAACCUCCCCCAGCAGUACUGUCAUCCGGUGGCGCAGCAGCCUCCAGAGAGUGCCGCAGCGGCGGCAGUGGACGGCGCAGCGGGCGAAGAAGAGGAUGAGGAGCUGUUGUUGAUGCUGGGAGAGUUCAGAAGGGAGGAGGUUGGGUGGACGAGCCCGAGCUUGGCGGUGGAAGAAGAGAGCAUGGACGACGUUUUGGGGAUGAAUUGUGGCAGAGUUUGGGAUGUAACAGGUGGCCUCCUGAAUUGGGAAGGCUUCCAAGCCCCGUGGAACUUCUCAAGCUAGAAUUUUAUUUUAUUUUUUUGUGGGUGUGCGCGUUGUGGGUGGGGGCCUAAGUAGGUGAUUUAUUUUGUUGUAUGUUGUUUUUUUUCUUAUGUGGUUCACCUUAGUUGCCCUAGUUCUUUACAUGUGUAGGAGGAAGUGAAUUGUAAUGGGUCGCAGGGUCCAGCUGUGGUACUGCCAGUUGUGCAUAGUUUGUACUUCGUAUUUGUUUUUCUUAGUUCAGUGGUGUCAAGUCUGUUUCCCUAUAUAUCUUUUCCUAGGGAAGAGCUGAUUUUGUAAUAAAAAUAAAGAUGACUUCUGCAUUA